AUGUCUUCAUACACUCUCAACGAGAUAAAAGCAUACGCUACACAGGCCAUUGAUGAGAUUUUGCCGUUGGAUGAACAAACAAUAUCUCAGAUGGUGAAUUACGCGAUUACAGAACUCCGAACGAGGGAGGCAGUGAGACAGCAUUUCACAAACUUACUAGGGGAAUCACCAAAGGCUCUUGAUUUCAUAACGAAACUUUCUAACAUACUUUUUGGAGAUCCCAACAAACUUAAAAUAGAAAAGAAACUGUCUCAACCUUCAAAGAAUAACACUGGUUGGGUGAAUAGCGCAACCGGUAGUACGUUGUCCAAGGGUCAGCACGAUCAGCGAUUGAGAAACGCUUCGGUACAAGGAACAAGUACUUCUGAGUUAAUAGACCAAACACCAAAAGCUGCAAAAGAGGUUUCAAUGAAAAAGAAAGAUGCCCAGAAGACAUUGGAUAGUUUGAAAGACCUUGAUGCUGCGUUAAACGAACUCGAGGUGUCAGAUGAGACAAACCGGGGGGAAAGCGAUCGGGUAGUACGUGUUUGCAAUUGCAACGCUACACGACACCCACUAUUUGAGAUGUUUCCCAACUGCCUUAACUGUGGUAAGAUCAUCUGUGCCAAGGAGGGGUUUCAGCCGUGUUCUUUUUGUGGUAAGAAGCUCUUGAACAAUGAAGAAAGACUACAAAUUGUGGAGGUUUUGAACAGAGAGAAGGAAGAGAUAGAAGGAAAGAGUAAUAAAAACGAACGAUCUAAUAAUCAAGAUGAUAAUAUGAGGAGACGAAAGAACGUGAUCAAAAUAUCGAUCAACUCGACGGGACAGAAUAACUAUAAAGUUCAGGAAAUGGCAUUCAAAAGAGUAGAAAGAAAGAGGGAGUUAGAGAGAAAAAAAGAGGAGCUAAAGCAGCAGAAGCAGGAAGAAGUGGAGGAGGUCCAAAGGGAACUAGACUACUACAGUUCUCUGAAAGAUAAAGACGAAGAACUAGUACGUGCACAGCAACAAUUAGAUACUCUUAUGGAUUUCCAGCUACAUGGUGCAGAAAGAACUAAGAUCAUCGAUCAAGCAUCUGAUUUCGACGCUCCUACCUCUUCAAAUAAUCUCUGGGCAACACCAUUGGAAAGGGCACUUCAGUUGAAACGACAGCAGAAGCAAUUGCGCAAGCAGCAGGAAGCGGACGACAGAAGAUCUGGUCGUGGCAAGCGAGUGAUGGACAUGUCUAUUAGAAAUGGAAAGGUGAUUAUACGAGAGGUGGACGCACCUACAGAGAUCGCCGAAGAUCUUAGUGACGACGAGGAAAUAAAGGGACUCCAAGCUAGAGUAAGCGACGAGAAGACAAAAACAUUGGAGGAGAACAGUCAUAAUGUAUGGGAUUACCAAUCGGAUGCAUCUAAAUGGACCAAACCAGUCUACAUGGGUGAGAAAGGAACUAAGGAAAAUAAAGAAUUGAAACAAAGUGAUACAGUUACAGCAAAAUCGAAAGUCGUUCAACUAGGCGAUGAGGAAGAACAGGAGAAUACUAUCUUCAGCAUGGUUGGCGUUUAA